CUCUCUUCUCCUCCUGUGUUCAAUCAGAGUUCUUUGGAGCUUCAUUCUGUGCUUCAAUGGCGAUCCGAAAGCCAGUUCUCUGUGUUAUUUUCUUGCUCUCUCUGCUCCUUGUCUUCUCAGAGAUGGGGAAGGUGGUGGAGGGGAGAUUAUGCGAGUCUCAGAGCCAGAAGUUCAAGGGGCCGUGCUUCAGCGGAAGCAAUUGCGGCAAUGUCUGCAGGACAGAGGGCUUCCCUGGGGGCCGUUGCCGACACUUCCCUAGACGCUGCUUCUGCGUCAAGCAUUGCUGAUCUCUGUCUCUCUCUCUUCAUGGUGUGGUGUGUGGUGUUUAAGUAAUAAAUGAGAAAUGAAGGCUUGUGUAUUAGCCUUUGUGGUGCAUAAAAAGUGGGUGGGAAUCUUGUUGUUAAGGUUUGAAUUUAGGUUUUCUGAGAGUGGGGUUCUUGAUUGUUAAGCUUUAUGGAUCUUCUUGUGGGGAGUUUUGGUUUAUAACGACUCUCGCUCUCAAUACUUCUGGUUAUCUCAUAUUGUCAAAGCCUAGGUUUAGUGAUUUUCUUUUGGCUAGAUGUUGAGUACAUAGAGAAGGGAAAUAAAUUUGUACGGCUGCAGCUUUAUAAAGUGGAUGCAGUUUUUACAAGGCCUAGGCUUUAGGAAAACAAUGUAAAGCCUCACUUCAAAUCCUCAUCAAUAUAGCAUUUUGGGAAUAGUAAUCUU